AUGUCUUUAAAUUUUUCAAAUGUACAAGUAUCGCGUGAAAUUAAAUUCCCGCCUGAUGAAUGUUCAAUCCAUGUGAAAAAUAUGGAACAUGCAGUUGGAUUUCUACGUGGUUAUAUUAGUCCUAUAAUUGUCCUAUUCGGUGUAUUUGGAAAUAUGUCAGCAUUUUAUUUAUUUUUAACGCAUAAACCAUUUAAUCGUUUUUCAAUUUAUGUUAUGACACUGGCUAUCUCCGACAGUCUUGUACUCAUAUCGAAUACAUUUUUAGAUGAUUUUCUCGGCCGUGGAUUAUACUAUCUAACAAAUGAAAGAAUUAUGAUAAAAUUAGACACCUACUCAUUAACAUCAUGUCGUAUCAUGGAGUUGAUUGGUUGUUGGUUUGUAUUCAAUUCCGGUUGUCUACUCGUAGCAUUCAGUAUAGAUCGAGUGAAUUGUUUAUUUUGGCCGUUGAGAUGUCGAUCAGACGGUGGAAUUGGGAUAGCUACGCUGGCUUGUAGUUUUAUUAUUGUCAUUGGGUUUAUUUUAAGUAUCCCGUAUGCAAUGUUACAAAAAUUAACUGAUAAGACUUCUUCUUUGCCAUCAUCAGUGGAUACAACGAUAAAUACUACUACUACUACUUUUUAUGCGAAUAUUAGUAGUACAGGUAAUAUUACUGCAAAUAAUGACAUGCAAAUGUAUAAUUUAUACUCAUUUAAUUGUUCAAAUUGUACUUCUACUCAUCAUAUCGAAAUGCCAAUGAAACGUGAGAGUAAGUCUUUAUAA